AUGGAGAAAGAUAAAGUGGAUUACCCCACUGUGGAGAAAGAUGUUGCUCUCGGCGAGACUCACGAUAUUGGUGCCAAUCUGUUCCUCGAGGCUGAACAGCUCUCGGCCGAAGAGCUAGAGACUGAGGGGGCCAAGGUUCUUCGCAUUCUCGACUGGAGGAUUAUGCCAAUACUCUACGUCACAUACGUUAUUCAAUUCCUCGACAAACUAUCCCUCAACUAUGCCUCAGCCUACUCUCUAAUCCCAGACCUGGGCCUAGAAGGCCAGCGAUACUCAUGGGUCGCAGCAAUCUUCAACUUUGGCUAUCUAUUCUGGGCCCUACCAGCCAACCUAUUAAUCCAGCGAUUACCGGUCGCAAAGUAUAUGGGUGGUAUGCUUCUCAUCUGGAGUGUCCUCGUUAUCGCGCACAUCGGUGCGAAGAAUUAUGCCGGAAUCCUUGUAUUGAGAUUCUUAUUGGGCAUGGCUGAAGCUGGUGUUAGUCCUUGUAUGAUGAAUCUAACGUCCAUGUUCUACAAACGCUCAGAACAACCACUCCGCAUGGCCAUCUGGCUCAGCGCAAAUGGAAUGGCCACAAUGGUCGGCGCCCUAUUAGGAUUCGGCCUGGGUCAUUCCGAUAGUACCACCUUGCACAGCUGGCAACUUAUUUUCCUGACUAUUGGACUGAUGAAUUUUGCCACUGCCUGUGUUUUCCUCUGGCUUAUGCCUGACUCGCCCAGUUCUGCGCGCUUCCUUUCGCAUCAUCAGCGUGUUAUAGCCGUGCAACGUGUCGCUGAGAAUAUGAUUGGUGUCAAGACUAAGGAGAUCAAGCCUAGACAGGCACUGGAGAACCUCUAUGAUGUAAAGGUUCUUUGCUGUGCUGGGAUUGGUAUUGCGUGUGGUGUUAUUAAUGGUGGUGUUUCGAACUUUGCGUCUGCUCUUAUCAAGGGCUUUGGGUUUGAUGGGAUUUAUGCUACGUUGCUUCAGUUGCCGACUGGUGCUUUUGAAGCUGCUAUCGUUCCCAUUUGUGGUAUCGUUGCUACAUAUGUUAAGGACUCGCGAUGUAUUGUUCUUGCUGUCGUGUCUCUUAUUCCUUUUGCUGGUUUACUGGGUAUCAGAUUUACUGACAUUGACCAUCGCUGGACUCUUGUUGGAUGUACUUGGCUGCAGUAUAUUGUUGGAGCUCCGGUCAUUGUUUGUUGGAACAUUCUUGCUACCAAUGUUGCUGGGCAUACAAAGCGUGCUGUGGCUAAUGGCCUUUGGUUCACGGUUUAUGCUGCCGGUAAUGUUGCUGGUGCUAAUAUCUUCUUUGCUCGCGAGGCUCCAAGAUACUAUUCGGCUCUUGCGGGGCUACUUAUCUGCUAUGCCGGUAUCAUUGUGUUAUCCGCGGUGGCAUACGUGUCUAUGAGAUGGGAGAAUGCGCGAAGAGAUGCAGCGGUCGAUACGGCUACAUUUGAGGGUGAUGUUGCCUCACAGGCUAUCCUGGAUGGAUUCAAGGACAUGACUGACAAGGAGUCAAAACAUUUCCGGUAUGCACUUUAA